CAGAGAUCAACCAACUGAACAGAAAAUGACAGCUGCAACAGCUCAGGAACUUGAUGAGCGAUGUUUCCUGUCGGCGCAGUCCAUGCCCAGUCUGAAGGUUUCCGAACACUUCCAGGUGGUCAAGCUCCUGGGAGAAGGAUCUUAUGGAAAGGUCAUGUUAGCCGUACACAGAAAGAGAGGAACCCCUAUGGCUCUCAAAUUCUUCCCUCGUCGAUCUACAACGCUCACCUCUUUUCUGCGUGAAUACAACCUCUCUCUUUCUUACUGCACCCAUCCAUCUCUCACACGGGCCCUGGGGAUCUUCUUUUCCACUCCCACCUACUAUGUCUUUGCUCAGCAAGCCGGCCUAUACGGUGACCUCUACAGUGUGAUAGUGUCUGAGGUUGGUGUGGAUGAAGAGUGUGUCCAGAGGGUGAUGUCCCAGCUGAGCGGUGCAGUUACACAUCUUCACUCCCUGGGCUUCGUCCACCGUGACAUCAAACCUGAGAACAUCUUCCUGUGUGACAGUUCCUGCCGCUGGGUCAAACUGGGGGAUUUCGGUCUCACCCGGGCCAUUGGCGCCACCGUUCGUGCUGUCUGGUACGAGUCACCCUUCUGCACUCCUGAGGUGGAACCUGCCAAAGCAGCUGAGAAGGAGAUGGAGAGGAGGAUAAGUGAGGGGACAGAGGAUGAGAUGGAGGACAUUUGGGUGACGGUGGAGCCUUGCAUUGACAGCUGGGCCCUCGGUGUGCUCGUCUACUGCCUCUUAACUGGUUGCUUCCCCUGGGAGGAGAGCACCCACGAUGAUCGCGGCUUCCGUAGAUACAAAGAGUGGUUCGACCGAGAGGCUGAAAAGGAGGAAAAAGAUAGUUACAUAAUCCUGAAGGAGAACCAAAGGGACAGCCCUCUUCCUUCACAGUUUGAGGGCCUCAGCUCGCUAGCUAUGACUCUUUUAAAGGAGCUGCUCAAUCCGCAACCAAAGCUAAGAGGAAACCCCGAAGAGAUCCUGAGUUACCUCGGAGGGCCAUGGCUGAUGGAGACAGAGAGGGAAGAGAAGAGGAAGGCAGAGGAGGCACAGAAGGAGGCCCGGAAAAUAAGAGAUGGAGCAGGUGUAGCAGAGGAGCUGCCCAGGGGUGACAACAUGCAACUAAAACAGGCUCGCCAGAGGUUCCAAUCCGGCCUGUGGAAUGACUUUGCAAAGUGAAGAAAUUACAGAGAAGACA